CUGGGGAUCCCUCCCGUCAGAAUCCCCCCCGGGAAUGCUACCGAGGCUGACCCUAGUUCCCCGUGGCUCCGCGGCGCUGGAUCCUCGGCGGGGCCGGUCCCGGUGGUCCCGGAGCCCCGCGGUCUCCGCUCGGUACCGGGUGGUGGGGCGGGGGGGGGUCAGGUGCGGGAAGGUCCCCCCGGGGUCCACGCACGUGACGGGAGCUCCGCGAGGCGCGCGACCCCCGCGCGCCAACCCCGCCGCCCCUCUCGCUCCCGGCGCGCGCCGCCCGCGCUCCCCCGGCCCCCUCGGCGGGCGCUCUUUUUGAAUGAAUGACCUCACCCGCACCGGCCAACCGCCGCGCGGCCCUGCUUAAUAUUCAUGAGGCGCCGCGCCAAUGAGCGGGCGAGGAGGUUGUUUUAAACGGCAGAGCCCCGCAGCCAAUCAGGCCGCUCUCGUAGGCAGCCAACGCGAGGCUGAGCCGCGCCGAGCCCCGCGUCGUGCCCUGCGCUCCGCUCCUGUCCACACUACCGCGAACAAUACAGAGUCAAGAUGGCUAAAGGUGAUCCGAAGAAGCCCAAGGGCAAGAUGUCUGCCUAUGCCUUCUUUGUGCAGACAUGCCGUGAGGAACAUAAGAAAAAGAACCCAGAGGUUCCAGUCAACUUUGCAGAGUUUUCCAAGAAGUGCUCAGAGAGGUGGAAGACCAUGUCAAGCAAGGAAAAGGCUAAAUUCGAUGAAAUGGCGAAGGCUGAUAAGGUACGAUAUGAUAGAGAAAUGAAGGACUAUGGACCAGCUAAGGGUGGCAAGAAGAAGAAGGACCCCAAUGCGCCAAAACGACCACCGUCUGGCUUCUUCCUCUUCUGUUCAGAGUUUCGCCCCAAGAUCAAGUCUACAAACCCUGGCAUAUCUAUUGGGGAUGUAGCAAAGAAACUGGGUGAAAUGUGGAAUAACCUCAGUGAUGGUGAAAAGCAGCCUUACAAUAAUAAGGCAGCUAAGCUUAAGGAGAAGUAUGAGAAGGAUGUUGCAGACUACAAGUCUAAAGGAAAGUUUGAUGGCGCAAAAGGAGCAGCAACCAAAGCUGCUCGGAAAAAGGUAGAGGAAGAAGACGAAGAGGAGGAGGAGGAUGAAGAAGAGGAGGAUGAAGAUGAUGAUGAUGAAUAAAACUGUACAAUACUUGUCUCCAUGUGAAUACCAUAGAGUAGGGGAAACACCAUAAAUGAAGCACCUCUUAUUUGAGAUGGUGUCUCUUGCCCUUAUUAGGCUUAAUUAAAAAAAAUUGGAUUCUGAUCGCGUUGUAGUUUCUAAAAGUGCUCUAGAAAUUGUAACUGGUUUACAUGAAGUGGCCAUGGGUGUAGUGAGCACCCUGAAACUGUAUCAAAGUUGUACAUAUUUCCAAACAUUUUUAAAAUGAAAAGGCGCUCUAGUGUUCUCCUAACUCUGUGCACUUUGCUGUUGGUGUAACAAAGCAUUUAAAAAUGUUUCAAGCAUUUUUUUAAUUUGUAAGGUGGUGUUACUAUAUGGUUAUUGGCUAGAAAAUCCUGGGUUAUAAACUGUACAUAUCUAUAGUUUGUAAAAACUAGACAGAUUCUUGUGGUACAUGCUUAGAGUGAUGAUGCCUUAGAGGAGCAGUGAUUACUUGGAAAGGCUGUACGUUCCCCGGGGUGCCAUGGCCCAAAGCAUGCACUGUGAGGGUAGAUCUAUUUACACUACAGUGGGCGUCCAUUUAGCUUAAAGUUGUCUUUCUGUAUAUAGUGAAAUAGCAUUCUGCUGCCAUUCUUAGUUGUGGAAGGGGGUUCAGCUGGCAUGAGAAGUGUAUGGGUUUUUUAGUUAAGUGCGGUAGUUUUUAAACUGAAACUGUAGACAUCUCUUCAUGGUCAACUGAGUGAAGAGCCAGUGCAGCAACUGAAGUUCAAAAACACUCUGUACUUAAACAAAUUUGCAACGUUCUGUUUUUUUUUGUAUGUUUAGAAUGCUGAAAUGUUUUUGAAGCAAAAUAAACAGUAUUACAUUUUUAAAACUGUUCUUGACAACACUCUAAAUUUCUGGUUUAAGAGGAUCUUAACAACAGCAAGAGGUUCAUUUUGAAGUCUGUGGCAUCCCUCAGGGCUGGUGACUUAGGAAACAUUCUGACUCAAGGAUUAAAAAAAAAAAAAAAAAAAAAAAAGAAAAAAAAUUAAAAAUAGUGGCCAGCCAAAACUGGCUGAAUUGAAAGAGAUGGCUGCUCCAGCUAAUAUGCAAUCGUAACUGUUUAUGGCUGAGUGGCAUAAGAUGCUAUGCAAGUUUGAACUUUAUUACUUGAACUUGGGAGCCUAAAUGAACAUUCAUGACGUAAUUGUUUGUUUGUGUGUGUAUAUAGCAGCAUUCAGAGAUGCAAAGAAAGGUAGGUGGCUAGGAAUGAGGCUGACACCAUGGAAUAAGUAUAAAAGCAUAGUUUGGAUUUUUUCAGUUGUGUUGGGUAAAUUUAUAGCCCAAAUGCAUUGCUGUACAUAUUAAAAUGUGCCUUUUUUGUCCUGUGUUAAA